AUGCGAAUUAAAAAAAAGACAAACGACCUACUUUUCGAGAAAUACACUCAUUUGCAAAUCAAUUUGGUUUCCACGGGAGACUCAACUGAAUCUCCCGUUUAUGAUGUUCUACAACUAAAUCUGCUGCACACAGGCCGCCUCAUGUUUCAGUUGGUAGGCGGUCGUAUAACCCCAAGUGAGUUGGUAGACAGCGUUGGAUUUGGCGUCGGCCAACCCAGCCGCGCACAGAUGAUGUCUCCUUGCGUGGUGACGAAAAGUUUGCAAGUCUAUCGUCUAGCAGAACGCACAGAUCAACUGCUAAAUGACCAGCUAAUAAACUCACCCGAUCCACCAGUAUUUGGACACACUGAAACAGAAAUGUACGACGGACUAACCAGUGAAAUUACGUCAGCACAGGAGGACGACUGUUCGAACGAGAGUGAUGUGAAUGUGUAUCCCGCAACCGCCCACAACAAAAUCUACGAAAACAAGCGAUGA